GACACGUCCAAAAUAUCAGGUUUCUAUGUAUCAAGUUGACGUCUAUAAAAAUAAUCCUGUAUAACAUCACGUGAGAACGUAGACGACGGGAUCACAACCAGGAAGCAGCCAGCAGUAGAGCUAACGGAGAAACGAACAGACAAGGUGUUUGGAUCGAUGCAGAGAGACUUAGUGAAAGUUCUUCGAAUGUUUUCGGAUAUGACUUUCACAUGCAGCUCGUCGAUCCGUGUCUGGGCCACAAACCCAGGCUGCCUCCUUUUCCUGUUUGUCCUGUCAGGUUCAGCCUCAGCAGAUAUCGUCCCACAGACAAUAACAGCCUAUGUGACUGAAACCGUCGUCCUGCCGUGCCGCAUCACUGUGGAUGGUGAACUCCCCACGGUGGAGUGGUCCAAGGAGGGCUUAAGGGAAAACAGCAUCACCUUACUGUACCGGGACGGCUGCGAGACGUUUGGGAUGAAGAAUCCAGCCUUCCACUACAGGACAAACCUCCUUUUGAACAAACUGAAGGACGGCAACAUCUCUCAGAUCAUUUACAACCUGAGGGUGUCUGAUGGAGGCAGGUACAACUGCAGGACCCUCAGGGGGAAGGAGUGGCAGGUUCACGCGAUUAUCGUCCUUAAUGUGGGUGCCACGUCAAAGCCAGAGCUCACAGUUGUUCCCUCCACUGAGGGUGGAGAACUGACCCUGGAGUGUAAGGCGGAGUGCUGGUUCCCAGAACCUGACAUCACGUUUUACGAUGACGAAAGGAACGAGAUUCCAGCAGAAAAACCAACAAGAGGGCCAAACUCUAGAGAAUGUUUUACAGUUACCAGGAGAGCAGUUGUGCAGACUAAAAUCAACAGAGUGACCUGCAAAGUCCACGAGAGAAAGUUCAAUCAGACCAAGAACACAGAGAUUUACAUCCCAGAUGACUGGAUCAGGUCCUGCUCAAGCAAGGCAGCCAUCACAGGAACUGUCACUUUCUUAUUCACAGGGUUAAUAAUAUGUGGAAUUGUUUUCCUGGUGCACAAGAAGUUCUGCAGGAGUGGACAAAACUUCUGUCGGUCAAGAAAUACACAUAUGAAAGAAGAGAAAGAUGAGAUGGACAGGCGCAGUGGUACCUCACAGGAAGAGGAGUCCACAUAUGAUUCCAGAACAUCACCAAACGGGACAGAGCUAACAGACCAGUCACCCGUUGACAACAGGUCACCAGGACAGGACUCGUCCAUGAUAAAAAGUUCUGGAUCGACUGCUUCAAGACGAGACAAAACCCCCGGCUCACUGAACACAGACCGACAUAGGUCUGUGUCCUUUUCCUCCUCCAAAGGAAACUCUCUGCUCCCUAAUACAUAUCAAAGAAGCUUAAGUCACCGGUCAAAUGCAAGUGAGAGUUCAGAGUCACUGUUGGAUAAACCAGAAAGCUAAAACGUGGAAAGGACUAGCCCUGUCACUAACCUGCAUUGUUAUGCCAUUCUCAGUAUGGUACAUGUACAUGUACAUGGUCUCAAAACAACGAUGUUAUUGUUUAUCGCAAUAACCUCUAGGAAAAUGUAUUAUUUAGCAAAAUUUAUUAUGACAGGGCUAGAAAGGACAGGACACAAGACUACAAAGGCGUAAUCAAAAACCAAGGAUUCAAAGACUUGUGUUCAGGGAUCGUUUUCUACUAGUCAGGUUCCAGUCUGAACAGUUCACAUCCUUCCUAGAACAUCUCCGGGGCCUCAUGCAGAGAGAUAUGGGGCCUCAUGCAGAGAGAUAUGGGGCCUCAUGCAGAGAGAUAUGGGGCCUCAUGUAUAAAAAAGUGAGCAGUUUUCACAACAAAACUUUGCCGUACGGACAAAUUUAGAAAAGCGCGGUGCACAAAAAGAUCCAGAUGUAUAAAUUCCAAUUUGCGGGAAAAUAGAGUGCAGCUGCUAGUCCGGCAUUUUUAUACAUGCCGCCUUGUGCGUAAAAUAUGGCGCUGCACAUUGUUUGUGCUUACGCACGCUUUAUACACGAGGCCCAUGGAGACUAUGGCAUUCAUGGCAAGGUCCAGUUUCAGUCAGCAAGUUGGGGGAAUAAUCAUUAUCCCUAAAACAAGCUAGGAAUUAUGGUAGAAUUUCUUUUUCGGGUAUUUUAUGUAAGAUUGCUUCAAUUCAGCCUAAUGUUUCCUUAAUGAGUACAGACCAUUUGCUUUAACUUCUGUCAUUAUGGAAGAGAAGUGUUACAACUACCUACCCACUACGUUAUUUGGCAUCGAGGGUAAACAGGUCUGUAAAUGGUGCCGCCUUCCCGGGGCCUCAUAACAUCCCUCGAUAUUUCAAAGGGAAAGCUACGUAUGUGCUGGAGCUAUUUAUCGAUUUUAGCUUUGCUUUUAACAUCGUCCCAAUGAGGCUGUGUGUUAAACUCCUGAGGUUGCAUGUCAUGUCAUCCAUUUGCAAAUAGGUCUUUGACUUUUUCUUUUACAAAACACAAGUUUGAGUCACUCUCUCGUGCUACUUCAACACCAAUGACUCCACGUCGCAUCAUGACUCGGUCAGGAUGGUAAACGGUUUUAUGUGUCUAGGGACCAUCCAUCAUGACCUCUGAUCUUAAGUGACCUCUGGUACGAUUGUGUCAGCCAUAUCGUCAAGAAGGUACACCAAAGUUGUGUCCUUUUUUUACAUUUUUACAAAGGACACAACUUUUUAAGAGUUACUUCAACAUUUUACUGUUACUUCUAUUCCCUGAUCUAUGUGUUCUUGUGUAUCUUCUGAUAGAUUAUGAGGAAUUGUUUUUACCUCUUACCUUUUUAUUUAGUCUGAUUUAUGUUCUAACUGUGUCAAGUUUCUGUAAAGUAUUACUAUGUUGGAGCAACAAAGCAAGUACUGACAAUAAAAUAUCAUCUUCAUUUGA